AUGAAGAUGUAUAACCUUAAAAUGUUAUUGUUUACCUUUUUAAUAAAUACAUUAGCAUUACCACAUUAUGAUAAUUAUCAAAAUAGCCAUUAUAAUAUAAACCUAAUACAAUAUAGAGCACAAAGAACAACGAUAAAUUCAAGAUUAUUAGCACAAACAAAAAAUCAUAAUCCGCAUUAUCAUAAUGACCCAGAACUCAAAGAAAUAAUUGAUAAAAUGAACGAGGAAGCAAUCAAAAAAUACCAACAAACUCAUGAUCCAUAUAAACAACUGAAAGAAGUAGUAGAAAAAAAUGGAACAAAAUACACAGGUGGUAAUGAUGCAGAACCUAUGUCAACGCUAGAAAAAGAAUUAUUGGAAACAUAUGAAGAAGUGUUUGGUAACGAUAAUCAUAUGUUGAAGUCGGGCAUGCACCCAAAUGAUGAUGACAUAUCAGAUACGUCAUCAUCAUGUGAAUGUACUGAUAUUGAUAAUGCGAAACUAGCAAAAACAAAAGGAAGAGAUAAAUAUUUAAAACAUUUAAAAGGGAGAUGUACCCGUGGUAUAUAUUUUUGUUCAGUUGGUAGUGCACUCUUAACAACGAUUGGUGUGUGUGCUACUAAAGCUGCUCUCAUUGCUAAGUUUGCAGAAGUGCCUAAGAAUUGCAUAUACACUAUUUCUAUACUUGAUAUGCUUACUUAUGAAUCUAUGUCUUCAGCUCUUAAAGCAUUAAGUAUACAAGCUUGUGCUUCUGAUUUAGCUGGAACUGCUGCAAGUGCUGCUAUGGGAAUAUUUUAUCCCUGUGGUAUUGCAGCUUUGGUUCUACUUAUAUUAGCUGUUGUACUUAUAAUAUUAUAUAUAUGGUUGUAUAGGAGAAGAAAAAAUUCGUGGAAACAUGAAUGCAAGAAACAUUUAUGCAAGUAA